GUAUCGAGUCGCCGCCGUCGCCGCCAUUCGAGCGGUUAGCGCCUGCGUACAUCUUGUUUACAACUGCGGAGCUUACCAUACACAUGACCUUUACAAGAUGGACAUGAGCGCCUAUUUAGCUGUCUAGGCGUGCGACGGAAAAAAAAGAGUUGAAGAUACAUAUGUGUCGUUAGUGAAGGUUGAUGUGCACGAAAGAAAACGCGGCGUCGAGUGAUCUUUAAUUCGGUUAUCAAAGAGGACAGUCGGAGCACACGUUCGUGAUCGCAAGUGACGCGGUAUUUGUCGCUCACACGCGGGCGGAAAGGGGAGAGAGGGAUGGUGGGUACGAAAGGAGACCCAAAUUUUUCACCUCAAGCAGAUGUGAUUGUGGUGAACAGAUUUCGCGUGUGCCUGAUCGAGAGUUCACAUUCACGAUACGUCGUGCAUGUUAAUACAAUGUUAACCACAUCGUGAAUUUCAUUUGUGUAUUUCCGCAAAGUGCUCGAUAUAUAUUAUAUAUAUUAUAUAUUAUAUAUAUAAGGGGUGUGGGAAGAGAAGUGCGUUCUCUCGCAUCGACCUGGAAUGCUGCCGUGUUUUGAUGUGCCUACUAUUGCGCAUGAAAAAAUUCUCCUGCCCUUGACAAUAGCCUAUUUACCCGAACCAGGCCGCCUUUAUACCGCGCUUACCAGUGAUAACAGGGGUUCAACCACCCACCUACGUGUGCAUCGCCUGUCCCACUCUCUUUUUCUCUACCUCUCUACGUAUUUCCUCUAAACGUAUAAGCAGCAAACGAACGAGUGGCCACGAGCGUGCGCGCGCGCGCGCGCACACACGCCUCUGCGUGUAUUGUGUACACGUGAAAACGCUCGCGUGUGUCUGUUCCUCUCUAUCGUCGUGUGUACAACCGUUUCUUUAUAUGUGCCCUGCCUGCCUCUGUGUACGUAUAUAUGCGCCAACCAUUCCUGGUGAACGCAAUAAAUUGCAUUAUUCUACGCGAUAAACAGGCACGCAAUUGCCUGAUUUUAGCUUCGGAUCAACAAUUCCUCCAGCUUUCUGUGUAAUUCUCCGAUCGAAGAUAUUCGCAGAUGCGAAAUAUGUAAAUGCUGGCGAAUGACUUGACUGUUCACUUCCGUGGAUUUUGUGCAAUCCCCGGCCCUGGGAUACCACGAGGAGCCCACGAAUCGUGGUAGGUGAAAUUAGACGAAACCGCGUGACAGGUGGAAUACAAAAUCCAAAUCGAGAAUCGUAAUCACGGAAAAAAAAUCUCACCAGGUGCACAGCUUUUACGUUUCAUCAAGAAAUUCUGUUUACAAAGUGUAUCGUUGUUUUCUUCUCGAAGGACCAAUCGUUCUUUUAAUUUUCUAACCUCGGUAAACGUGGCUAGUCGACGAUACAUGUUCGUCUGAAUCGCAUCAAAGAGACCAAUCCAUGCGACGCCCUUAGUACACACUGAGUGCACAUGCACUGUGGUGGCGUGUUAUUGCUUAUUUACCCCUGACACGUGCUUCCACCGUUGGCGUGCCUCGAGUACAACGAUAUCGACGACAACUUUUCCACGACAAAGGCAGCGGCGACGGACACGUUGCUUUGAAAGAAAAGAACAUGAACACGAUCGCGCACGGCUUUUCAAUGGUGUUGUUUUGAAUUUACCUUUACGUCGAUGAAAGCAAAUAAUAGUGCCGAUUGAGAUAUCUACGUAUGUGGUGUUCCUGCAGUGAAAAAAAAGACCGUGACGGAACUGCUAUUCUGACAACGUGGGUGGGAACGUGCAUUCUACCACAAUGAACUAUUGAUAUAGCGUGUUCGAGUAGAAGAUGUGCGUAAUGAAUUGAUUAUCCGUAAUCAUUUAUGUAUGUACUAUAUAAAUGGUACAAUAUAACGCGUCAAUAGAGAAGGCGCAAAACUUUUGGCGACAACGGCCUUUUUCGAUCGUCGCUGUGACGAUGUCUUCGAGCAGAAAUUUAGUCUCUCCCUCAGGAGGUCCCGUUGUUCUCUCCGGGCACGUGAAGAAGUUGAAAACUCAGAAGAAGAAAUUCUUCGUGCUGCGUGGCGAGGCACCAGGGUAUCCCGCGUGUCUCGAAUAUUAUGACAGCAAGAAGAAAUUUGAAAACAGGCAGCCACCGAAGCGUAGCAUUUUGUUGAACAGCUGCUUUAAUAUUAAUAGACGCAUGGACACCAAACACAAACAUGUUAUCGCAUUGUACACGAAAGACGAAUGCUUUUGCUUGAUUCUGGAGAGCGAGAAAGAACUGGAUGAAUGGCUGAAAGCCAUGCUUUUACUUCAGAGCGGAGAUGUAGCUGAUGGAGAGCAACCUCGGCCUAUAUUUGAACAUGUAUGGCAAGUUACAAUGCAGAAAAAGGGAUUAGGUGAAAGAUACAACAUUCAUGGCCCUUAUAGGCUAUGUUUAACUGAUCGAACAUUAAGUUUGGUGAAAAUUGGAGCAAAGGAUAAUUCAGACCCUAGUUUUCCUAGUUUUCUAGAUUUCCCGCUAACUCGUAUCAGAAGAUGUGGAUAUAUGGAACGUAUCUUCUAUAUGGAAGUGGGUCGUUCAGCUGUUACUGGUGGUGGUGAAUUGUGGAUGGAAGCAGAAGACAGUAACAUAGCAAAUAAUAUGCAUGAUGCUAUUAUGAAUUCCAUGAGCAAUUCGGGACCACGCGAAAGAGUUCAUAGUUCUUCUGCUGCUGAUGCCAGUGUAUCUAGACAUACUGGAUCAAGAUUCCAUAAUUCACCAUUAGUCGUUGCUGGUACCGGGGCUGGGAUUGCUGGGAUUGCCUCGACUAAUACCAACUGUGCCACUACCACUAGACGUCGUCAUUCGGUAGCGAGUCAUCCCCAAUCCGUCAAUAAUUCCCAAUCCGUUCAUGUUACAACAAUUACAACAACUACAACAACAACCACUACUAUUACCAUCACUACGACCGCUACCGUGACCACCACAACCACAACCGCGACAAUUUCCCAUCAGAGAACCUUGUCGCUGCCCUUAGCUGCCAUUAUCAAUCAAAUACAAUCAUCCAAAAGAUCAGUUUUACGCUGUACAAAUGUGCGUGACAGGUGUGACAGUUUGCCAUCGGGUCGUACCACCACCGAGAGUCAUCCAACGGUACAGAGUUAUCCUAGGAGUUCUCCUUUUGUACCUCACGUGUUGAGACCACAUUCUGUGUAUGUAAUGAAAGGAGUAUCCUACUCGCCACCGAUUACUUCGAUGCCUAUCAGUCCUGCUUCCGGCGCAUGUUCUACAGACUCUGCGGGAUCUUCCCUUUCAAUGGAUGAUGGUGGUGAAAAUGUAUUAGAAGAGGGUAUUGUUUCAAGAUACGGCCACUCUUUGACACCUGAUGAACCUGUUAUUUUAGAAGAGAAUGGUGAUGAUUACGCUCCGUGGUCUCACUCGCAUCAUAAAUAUUCACCAAAUUUCAAAUCGCAUUCUCCUUCUCAGCAAAGUUCCUAUAUAGAAAUGUGCAGCCCUUGUGGAUCAAGUCCUGGUCGUAGUGGAGCCUACAUGCCAAUGAAUUCAGGAACGGGAUAUUCGCAUUCACGUGGAUCUUCCCUUGUAGAGGAAUCAAACACCUUACCGGAAGGUUAUGUACCUAUGGCACCCGUUGGAAAUAAUGGAUAUGUCGACAUGGAUCCUUCACAUAAUCACAAUGGCCAUUUCUCUGAUGAUCUGUCCCACGGUGGCAGUAGCUGUUCCGUUACAUCUGGAACACCUAGUACAGAUUUACGAUUUUCUGAGUAUCAUUUAGAUAAAGUAACGAGUUUUCUCCCACCUGGAGAAGAUUUACAAGCUAGACCAGCAAGAGCCUAUUCCAUUGGAUCUCGGCCAGAACCUGUAAACAGGCAUCGUAAAAAUAGACUGGAUAUCACUCAACAAGAAACUAGUAGAGUGCGAGCGUUCUCUGUAGGUAGCAGAUCUAAAAGACCUGAAAUCGGGAGGUUAGCAAAUAUAGUCACUGCACCGUUACCAGUUGGUUGUGAAAGCACGACCUCGAAUAAGUCGAAUUCAGCACCGUUAUUGUCGAGCUCUUGGGGACACAAUUCCGGUUGUUCUUUAACGUCUGAACGGAUGGAAGACCUAAUGGAAUUGGACUUUACGAAACCUAGUAUUUCAACAACCUUUAACUCACCUCCUUCAUCUUAUUCGCAGUCGCAAUCUCAAUCACAUUCGUAUUCUACUGCCACCGAUAUCAGUUCCUACGUUGAUAUGUCUCCUGGACAACCGCCAUCGACGACCACUGCCCCAUACGUCGAUAUGACCCGCAUAAAUAAGAUUAAUCGUAAUAACAAUAAUAAUACAAUCACUGCCAAUCAGAAUCAUAGUCACGUACAUGUAUCGUCCUCUGCUUCUAUACAUAAACCUGUAAUUACUACUUUGAAGCCAGUGGAAGAAGCAGAAGGACCAUACAUGAGAAUGGAUGGUAUAAUGGAGGAUUGGUCACAAUCCAAUGCAAGCCCUAAACAAAUUUCCUCGCCUAUGCAAGAGGAAUGUGUGCAAUCAAAUGGACCGCCAGGAGCAACCAGAACAGCACCAGUCGACCUUCCACGGCGCCCACCUGCCGACUAUGUUGAUAUGAGUUUUAAAUCGAGAACAAGUUUAGAGCAAGAUUACAUAAAUAUGAAUAUGAGCAGUCGAAACAGUCGUAAACCAAUAGCAACACGAACUGGUAGUCGAAAAGAAAAAUCUCGUUCGCAACCAAUUGCGAUCCAAGCGGGAAAUAAACCCAUAAAAACGCCUAGUUUCUUACCUCUAAACGGAAGUCCGGAAUCAGAAAGUUUAGCAAGUACACCCGCGACACCGCCACGAGCAACUCCAACAGGUUCCUCAGCGACUAUUUUCCCAUUUUCCUUGAACAGUCCACAAUCACCAGAGAAAUCAUUCACUCAUCAAAAGAAUACUGACGAAUCUUCACAACUGAAUAUUACUUCUAAACGUAGUACGAUUGUGGAAACUACGAAUAGCAGAGUAAGCACGGUCAAUUCUAUUUUUGUAACGGAGGCGAAUAACACUUUGCCGAAAGUAAUUAAUGAUAGACCGUCUAGUCCUACAAGGAAGGAUAGUCAAGUUAGCCGCGUAAUAUCAAACAACUCGUUGACCUCGCAAGAUAAUACGUUGAACACUGUAACGAAAAAGUUUUCCGAUUUAAACGUAUCAUCGAAGCCACGUUUGAUCACUGCAUCUCCAAACACCAGCCCGACGUUAUCUGGUUUUAAACCAACCGUCGAAAAACAACCCACGUCUCCCAAAAUACCAGAUGAAACGCCAACGCCCACACCUACUGCUAUGUCAAGUCCAUUAGAAAAGGAGAAUUUUGAUAAGGUGCAACUAGAUACGGAAGUUUUGCACUACGCUAGUCUAGAUCUUCCUGAGGUUGUUAAUGCGGUACCUAUUUCGUCAGCGUCACAAGAAGGCUUCAAUUAUGCUAAAAUUGAUUUCGCUAAACUUAAGCAAAAUUAAACGGCCAUUAUUCGAAAUACACGAAUGGCUGCAUCAAUAUUAUAUGUAUAUGCAUCACGUGUCGUAAAAUGAUAUAUCGAUUUUCUUCAUUGACGAAUAUCAACGGGACAAUCGAUCGUUCUAACAUUGGUCGAGCUGAAUUGAUAAAUCAGUUUUUAAUUGAAUUAGGGUGCUGGAUAUAAAGUAUAAGUAGACAAGUUUUGUUUCUUUAUUCUUAAAUUUUAGAUUGAAAUCAUUUUAUUCGUUGUACGUUUCUGGCUAUGCCAAAAAGGCAAAGGAUACAGUUUGUAUACAAUUUGUAGUCUUUUUAUUGAGCAUAACAAUUAUGGAGAAUAUUGUUGUAAGUUAAUCUCUUUUCGAGCUUAAGAACGUAUUUGUACAUUAUCUUCCAUUAUUUUAUGAUUUUUGAAACGUGUAAAUUAUUUUCUUUGUUUUUCAUUUUUUCUUAUUC